AGCGGAAGUGUAUGACGUUAUUGUGGCACGCUCCUUCCUCUUGCUUUCCUUGCUAGCAGGUCCAUUUAGUUAGCUAGCGAAACAAGGUCUUUAAACCCCAUAGGGGAACUGUUAUGAAUUAUUUGACCAGUGUAGUAUAAUUGAUUUUUUUGAUUUUCAUAAUCUUGUUAGUAAUUGAUAUUGGAAAAUGAACAUACGAAACGCACGGCCGGAGGACCUUAUGAACAUGCAGCACUGUAACCUGCUGUGUCUUCCAGAAAACUAUCAGAUGAAAUACUACUUCUAUCACGGCUUGUCAUGGCCACAGCUCUCAUAUAUAGCAGAGGAUGAAAAUGGGAAAAUUGUGGGAUAUGUGCUCGCAAAGAUGGAGGAGGACCCAGAUGAUGUACCUCAUGGACACAUAACAUCCCUGGCAGUAAAGCGGUCCCACCGACGUCUUGGACUGGCUCAAAAGCUGAUGGAUCAAGCCAGUCGGGCCAUGAUAGAAAACUUCAAUGCUAAAUAUGUCUCACUUCAUGUUCGCAAGAGCAAUCGAGCUGCCCUGCACCUGUACUCAAACACACUUAAAUUCCAGAUUAGUGAAGUAGAGCCUAAAUACUACGCAGAUGGGGAGGAUGCCUACGCAAUGAAAAGAGACCUGGCCCACAUGGCUGAUGAGCUGAGGAAACCCGGAGCACGCGUGUCGGGUCAAGAGGCACAAUCUGGCCAGAGUCCGUCGGGGUCCGGCGACCAGGAGAGAGAAAGUGAGAGAGACAGCGGAGGAGAGAGCAAAGAGCUGAGUGAAGUCAGCGAGGCAACAGAAAGCACAGAUGUUAAAGAUUCCUCUUCUGAUUCACAGUGACACUGCAGCUCUAGACAUUUUUAAAAUCAUCCCUCGCAGCAUCCAGUUUUUAUCUAUUUGCCAUUUCCCCUGACCUUACAGACUCUGAUCUCAGCACCAAAAAUGUUCCAACAUUUACGUCACUCUUUCUUUCUUUGUUUUUCUGCAGUCAUGAGCAGAGACUUUAUUAAUAGCAUCAAUUUACUCAGUUAUCUAAAUUAAAUAAAAAUUAAUUACUGGUCUGCUCAUUUUUAUUGGAUUACUGUUAUUGUAAAAGCUGUGUGAGAUUUCAGACCGCCUGUGCUUUUCAAUUGGUCUUUAUUUAACAGAAUAAAUCUGUCAAAUAAUA